GUGUAUCUACAAAAACAUGAGGGGGUAUUUCACUUCGUCUGAGUGAUCUGCCCGUACUCUAGCAAGACAAGGAAAUCCUAGAUAACAGGUCAACACUUGCUUUUCUUUUUAGUUAAGUCCCAUGCUCUGGGGUUUGUUUUUCUCUCACUGUGACUGAACAAAUAGAAGAUUGCAAUAACUUCCUGUUACAGUAGUGCAAUAUAUGUAAGAACAAAACUGCAUUCUUUUUUUUACAUUUAAAAAUGUCUACGUUAGGAUUUCUGGGAUCAGAAUAUAGCAAUGACUACAUUACACAACUGAGAGAAAAUCCAAAAUCGAUAAAAAAAAAGAAGAAUGUAAUGAUUUAAUAUAAAAUGCUAUUGGGGACAAGACAAUUCAUGUUUCCACAGGUCAACACAUACUAAUCCCAUGCGACCAUAAUAAUAAUAAUAAUGAUUUGAAUACUGAUAGUCAUCAUAAUGUGUUUGUGGCCGAUGUGAUAACAGGGACCCCUCCGCAUCAGCUGGACCACCCUCGACAGCAGCGGGGUCCCCCCGGUGCCCGGAGCUCCGGCAGCAGUCCGCUGCGGUGCCGUCCCUCGUCCAAUAGAUUGGAGGUGUGCGCUCUGGCCGACAAUGGAGGGUCCGCGAGUGGGAGGAUCAGCUCGGCAGCGAUCCUCCCGGCUUUGUUACGCCAGGGAAGCCAUUUUGGAAGUCUGCUUGCUGUGCGCCAGCGUCUGCGCUCACCGGCUGCUCGCAAACUUUUCCAGUCUCUUGCGCCGCCACAGAUAAAGUGCGCCGGGCCCUGCGGUGCACGACCCCGGCGUGGCUUCCGUGCGUCGGGAUGCUGGCGGACGUUUGCGCGUCUACAGUGGCCGCAGCGUUGCGGGCUCUCGUUCCUCGUGGAUUGACGCUCCUGGAGAAUAACAACAUACACGGACUCGAAGCACGCGGGCAAGUUGGCGCACUCUUACGAAUAUCAUCCCGUGGGUUAACGUGUCCCCGAGGAGGGGGUCAUUUGUCCCGUCCUCGCCCGGCUCCUUUUGCCCGCAGCUGCUGUGGCAGCGAGCGCGAAGCGCCCGGCCUCAUUGUCAACAGUGGAUCUCGACAGAUCCACGACAUCGCCGGACAUGCAACGGGUCCGACACCGACGCGUCGCACCUCGCGGACGGCCACUGCGCCCGUCGUGGCCGCAGGUCCGCGUUUUCCACAGCGACGGCGUCGACCGAAGACAUGGCGCCUAAAUGUAGCUCUUGGCGACGUGAGAAUGUGACGGCUCGCAUGUCAUCGGGCCAGACGCUGUGCGCAGUUAUUAUUAAACGAACGCGCGUCCAGGGCAAUAAUAACUGCGGCGUGUUGACAGUGGGUCGGUUUGCGUCAAAGGAGCCAGCAAACAGAGGCAGGCUGAAAUACAGGACUGAGGGAAAUGUGUCACUGUGUGUGUGUGUGUGUGUGUGCGUGUUCACAUGGUCUGUUGUUGUUCACCCCGUCUCCUGAAUGAUGAGCUCAAAUGCCCCAUUUCUCAAUAAGACUCCGUCUCAUGCUGAAAAUCGAAGCUGCAUGACAAAAAUUGCUCUGACUUGAUGACAUGUGGUCAGCACCCAGUUUCCGCAGGUCUGAUCAGGAGUGUUCUCCCUCAUCCUCGGGCCGUCCUGCCGUAGGUCUAUGAGGCUAUGCUGAUGCACCGUAGGAGUCUAAACAAAGAAGAAUGACCAUGGAUUUUUCGCAGCUGCACACAUAUACGCCACCGCAGUGUGCUCCAGAGAACACCGGCUAUACCUACUCUCUCAGUUCCAGCUACUCCACAGCAGCGUUGGAGUUUGAGAAGGAGCACCAGAUUGCUCCUGUAUACGAGUCGCCCAGGAUGUCACGGCGGAGCCUGCGUCUGCAGACCAGUGCCGGUCACUAUGGCAACGAGAGCCUGGCCGAUAACUCGCAGAACCACGGCAACAGCAGCAGCUACACCAGCACCAGAAGAGAGACACGGACGCUGCGGAGCAGAAAGCAGCAGUCCAGCGCAAACUUGCUGUCUUUGUCUCUGAGCCAAGCUGCCACACCGAGGAAAACCCUCUCCUUCUCAGCUGUUAGUACCCCAAUUAACAACAGCAGCAGCAUUCAGGAAGGCAACAAAGUGUCCGAGGCCUCCCUGCACAGCACCAUCAUGGACCAGUCCCACCUGAAACGACGCACCAUCACCACAACCACCACCACCACCUCUAUGUCUGCGGGUGGACACUGGGGGAGGAGCUCCAGCACCGAACACAGUUCAUCAAAUGUAAACGGCUGUGCCAGCGCGUCAGACUCCCACACCUCACUCGCUAAUGGUUACAUCUGCAAAGACUGCUCUUUACACUCUCAGGAGAUGGACUCGCUUAUCACACGAUCAUCAUCAUCAUCAUCUCAGGCUGCAGAAGCUUCCACCGACAUCCUCUCCUCCUCCCCUUCUUUCACAAGUAUAUACUCCAGAGACCGGAGUCGGAGGAGCAAGACAGGCGUCCUGAUGUCUAUGUCUAAGACGUGUAUACACUACAGCAAACGAGCCCUGGCCCCUAUUGUGUCCUUAGUCACUCUGCUCUUCAACAAUGUGGUCUGGCUGGGUUCAAGGGCCCGGAGCCCUCCAGGAAAAGGUUUUCUUGCUUCGUUGUCGGACUCGUUGAGACAAGCAGUGUCCACCAGUUUUUCCCAACUGUGGCUGUUAAAGCAGACCACUCUCCACAGGAUGAUGGGCUACAGGGCUAAUAGCAAUGAAGGACAAGCUCACUCAAGUUUCUGUGGAAGCAUGAAUGUCAAGGAUCUGGUGACAGAAGAUGCAUCACAUCUUAAUCUCAAUGGUUCCCUCUGUGAUGACUGUAAAGGGAAGCAGUAUUCUGAGACACACACCAUCCUCCUCAAAAAGUCCUCCAGGCCUCGUCGCCUUGUAGGGGCACUGUGGAGCGUCCUAGCUUAUGCAGGUUACUGCCUCCUCCAGCCAGGAUACUGCGUGGUGAGAGCAGGCAACGCUUUGGGAUCAGGGGUCAGCACAGUGGCACAUAAGAUGCUCUCUCUCUUCUGGAUGCUCCUGGCAGCUCCAGAGAGGGCAGGCAGGGGACUUCUGUGGUUUCUUGCAACAGGAUGGUACCAGCUGGUGUCUCUCAUGUGUCUCCUCAACGUCUUCUUUCUGACCCGAUGCCUUCCCAAACUCUGGAAGCUCCUGCUGCUCCUUUUGCCUCUCUUGCUCUUCCUGGCAUUAUGGCUGUGGGGUCCGUCCACUUCUGCCCUACUUGCCUACCUCCCUGCCAUUAACCUAACUGAGUGGCGUCGUGCGUCUCCCUUUACCCUCCUGUCUAACUUGGUGCCAGCCUCUGCACCUCCAGUUCCUGCCUAUGUCUCCACAACAGAGACUCCACUGGAGCAGAGCCCAGCCACCCCAGUCUCACAGGCACCGCCAAUCCUUCCAACAGCGGCAGUCUCCACUGUGGAUUUGGAACGCCUUGAACGUGUGGAGCAGCAGCUGGCGCUGCUGUGGACACAGGUCCAGCAAGGUGACGAGAAGCAGGAGCAGCAUCAUGGAGACGUUCUGGGUCUCUACGGCACCCUGAGGGAGCAGCUACACACUCAGACCAACAGGGAGAGCCUGGGACUGUGGGUGUCCUCUCUGCUGGAGCAGAGGCUUGGCAUCCUGCGAGGAGAGCUGGAGCAAGAGAACACACACAGGGCACAGAGUGAAGAGCAUCAGAAACUGCAACAAGAGAGUCAGACAGCACGACUGUCUGAGUUAGAGUUGCUGCUCAGUGCUCUGGCUGCCAGGACUGAGGAGGUGCAGCAGAAGCAGCAGCAGUAUGAGCACGAGAAGGAGGAAAAAGAGAAAGAGGUUGUCAUUUCAGUGGAAGACACAGCACCUAUAAGUGUGGGUGUACAGCAGGAGGACCAUGAUGCUCUGCUCGCAGAAGUGCAGAGACUUGAGGUCGAACUGGGUAAAAUCAGACAGGACCUGCAGGGUGUUGUGGGUUGCAAGGGAAAGUGUGAGCAGCUGGACAACCUUCGGGAGACGAUAACAGCCCAGGUGUCCUCUCAGGUGCGUAAGGAGUUGCAGGUUCUUUUCUUUGGCCGUGGUGAGUCAGGGGAGGUGCCUGAGUCUCUAAUCUACUGGCUGUCCCAGCGCUACGUGAGCACAACCGACCUGCAGGCCUCACUGGCCGCACUGGAACUGGGCAUCCUGAGGAACGUGUCUCUGCAGCUGGAGCUUAACAGAGCUCAGACCCUGGGUGAGGCAGAGUCUCAAGCCAAGACCAUCGUUAAGACAGUAACUGGGACUGUCCAGCACGCUGUGUCUACGGAGGGAAUGACAGAGGGGCAAGUGAAGCUGAUCGUCCAGAACGCUUUGAAGCUCUACUCCCAGGAUCGAACAGGCCUGGUAGACUACGCCCUGGAGUCUGGCGGUGGCAGCAUCCUCAGUACCCGCUGCUCUGAGACAUACGAGACCAAGACGGCCCUCAUGAGUCUGUUUGGCCUGCCACUCUGGUACUUCUCCCAGUCGCCACGUGUUGUCAUUCAGCCUGAUGUGUAUCCAGGUAACUGCUGGGCGUUUAAAGGCUCUCAGGGCUAUCUGGUGAUCCGACUGUCCCUGAGGAUCAUUCCCACAUCCUUCUGCUUGGAGCACAUCCCCAAGGCCUUGUCCCCAACUGGAAAUAUCACCAGUGCCCCUCGCAACUUCACAGUUUUCGGUCUAGAUGAUGAGUUACAAGAAGAAGGGAAGCUCCUGGGACACUACAUAUACCAGGAAGAUGGGGACUCACUGCAAUCAUUCCCUGUUAUGGAGCAGAAUGACAAAGGCUUCCAGAUCAUCGAGGUGCGGGUGCUAUCUAACUGGGGUCACCCAGACUACACCUGCCUGUACCGCUUCAGAGUCCAUGGAGAACCUCGGCCUCAGUGAACCAACCACUACCAUACACACUCAUAUCUGAAAUAUUGCCCCAUCUGUACAUAGCUCUUGCCAUCUUCUUAAAAUCGGAGGGGACUCGGUGGCACUUUGUGGACGUUUUUGUAUGAAAGCCAUGAAAACACAAAGGUUGUGUAUUGAUAAAGGAAUGUGCCCGGACUGAAUCAUGAACACGCUUUUUUUUUUUUUUUAUACUGAAAGAAUAACAGGAAAGUCUAUGUGGAUUGUCGGUGUUGUAGAAGAGGAAUAGAACCACGGAAGAAGCUAAAAGCCCUGUCCCCUUUUUUUGUAAAAGGCCUCUUGCACUGAAUUAGCCCACGAGGGCUCCAGCCCCCACAGCAGACAAAUCCCCCCACCUCUGGCUACAGGAAGGUGGAAGCCUGAAAUGGGGGAGUAGACUCAUCUCCACCAUUUCCUCAGACACUGCAUCUUAGUCUGAUUUGGUUUUUGUUGUCAUUCAUCUGUAUUUAACUUUAUUUUCCUGGUAGUCGGGAUUGCACCUUUUUUGUGUGGUGCUGCCCAGGCAUGUCGCUCCCUUUUGUUUCCGUCAGGUCUCUGCAGUGAGUUGAGUUGAGCUGAGCUGUGUGAACGGUCUGCUGCACUGGAACACACUCACGGUGGGUUUAUACUGGACAUGCAAGCUUCACAACAUUCAACCUUGGCAUCAUGCAUACACAGCCAUGAUUUAAGUUUGUUUUUUUAUUUUUGAAACUGAACAUUCUGCCUAUGGAAAAGCUCUGAAUGUUUUCUCAAGUGAAGGCUUGAUGCAAGUCGUCCUUUAACUUCACAGCAACAUCAUAUAAACUCUGACCCCCCCUUUGUGUCCGGAGUAUUUGGAGGCUCUUUACUUUGUACAUUUGACAAAAUAUGUGUAUGGCCGUGGAUGGACUCCAGAUUUGAUGCUAGCAUGUGACUCUACAGAACCGUACUGUUCGACUUUUUCAUGCAUCGUGUGUCCUCUCUGAAAGUUUUAGUCCUGUGCCUGGAUCUCAAAUUAGAAAUCAAUGUUGAAACCCUAAAUAAUAUAACUUCUCCUGUAGACAAGUGAUUUUCUUUUCUGUUUCCAUCAAGACGAAACUCUGUCCCUCGAGCUCAGUUAUAAACGUCCUCCUCACACCGGCUCCCUCUAUGCUGAAACCCUGAAGGAAUGUAAUCUGUAUAUUUUAUUGUUGAUAGUUGGUCCUUUAUAUCUGCUUUUAUCAGUGUUGCUUUAUAAAAAAAAAUCAUCCUGUCAUUAUCAUUAUUAUUGUAAUACUAUUAUUUCUACUGUUACUCAGUGUGGGGGGUUUUUUGGGGGGGGGGGGUGUUGAUGGUGUCAGAGGAUGCACUGCAAUAACUUGUCAUAGAAAUGUUUUACACAAGUCUUCAAGGUUUGUUUUUUAAAAAAGGGGUUUGUGUAGUCACCACUUUUGGUCGCAAAUAUGAGGACGUCUAAGAUGUAAUGUAUAAAAGAUAUUUUCUUCCCAAUCUUAUUUAUUAACAAGUCAAUUAGUUCCUGCAAUAUGAGUUACUGCAAUGUAUAUUUUGUGAAAAGCUAUUCAGUGCAUUUUGGAACCAUGUUGGGAUUAUUAUUUUUUUCUUUUCUUUUUUUUUUUUAAAGAUAAAUGGCUAUUUUUGUUCAGUCAUGAGAUGACUUAACUGCUUUGGAAUAUAUUCCAAUAAAGACUUUAAUUUUGAAGAACCUCCCCUAAAUAAUACAA